AGCCAGAAAGGUUAUCCAACUUUGGGCAACUCAAAAGGAGUUCUAUUUUAGAGGGACUCUGCUACUCUGGCUUCACAGAACUCGAUUACCUCAUCAUCUCCUCCCUCUAUUCUCCGGCCUCCCUGGUUUUGACUUCUGGUACGUACGUAGAUCGAGCGAGCGAGUAAAAUUAGGCUUCAACGAUAUCAGAGGGUAUUCAAUAUUUCAGUUUUGUUUUUUUUCUUCCUUUCUUUCCUCACUGUCUGUAUAUGCAAAUCAAAUCCCAGAAAACUUUUUCCACCAUGAAAAACAAUGCAAAAGGUUCAGAAAACUUUUCCACCGCAGGGUCUCUUCCAAAGUCAAUGCCCUACUUUUUCUUCUUGCUCUCUCUCAUCUUCAUCUUUUACUCAGUAGCAUUUGUGUAUGAUCCAUAUCCUUGUACCAAGCAAUUUUUCACCGCUCAUCACCAAUCUGACGGCCUUGUCAUAAUCCCAUCCGGGCCAACUCCUAAAUCCCCAGAAAAAACAGACCUCUCUCACGUAGUUUUUGGCAUCGCAGCCUCGGCCAAGCAUUUUAGCAAACGGAAAAGCUACAUCAAGCAAUGGUGGAGACCCAAUGAAACGCGUGGAAUUGUUUGGUUAGACGAGCAUGUGGAAGCCGAAUUUCCCGAUGAACAACCUUUACCGCCUUUGAAGAUCUCCGGCGACACUUGGAAGUUCAAGUACAAGAACCCAAAAGGCCACAGGUCCGCAAUACGUAUAUCACGCAUAAUAUCGGAGACUUUGAGGCUGGGCAUGGAGGAUGUGAGGUGGUUUGUGAUGGGGGACGAUGACACAGUUUUUUUCCCAGAUAAUUUAGUCAGGGUUUUGCAGAAGUACGACCAUAAUCAGUACUAUUAUAUAGGGAGCUCGUCUGAGAGCCAUUUACAGAACGUACAAUAUUUUUCAUAUAAUAUGGCGUAUGGUGGUGGUGGGUUUGCUAUAAGCUAUCCAUUGGCAAAGGCGCUUGAGAAAAUUCAGGAUAGGUGUAUACAGAGGUACCCGGGUUUGUUUGGGUCGGAUGAUCGGAUCCAGGCUUGCAUGGCGGAGCUUGGAGUUCCUCUCACCAAGGAACAAGGAUUUCACCAGCAUGAUGUGCAUGGCAACGUAUUCGGCCUCCUCGCGGCGCACCCAAUCGCCCCCCUGGUUUCUCUCCACCACCUAGACUUCGUUGAGCCCAUCUUCCCCAAUAUGAACCGGGUCCAGGCUCUCGAGCAGCUCAAGGUCCCAUUGGAGCUCGACUCGGCAGCGCUCAUGCAACAAUCCAUUUGCUAUGACAAGGCUCGGAGCUGGACCGUGUCGGUUUCGUGGGGGUAUGCAGUUCAAAUAUUUCGGGGUGUUAUCUCCGCCCGAGAGAUGGAACUGCCGGCUAGGACCUUCUACAAUUGGCACCCCAAGGUUGACUUUACUGGCUAUGAGUUCAACACUCGUCCCGUCAGCCGACACCCCUGUCAAAAACCUUUUGUUUAUUUCAUUUCCAAUGCUACACAUGAUUCCCAGACAGAUCGAACGACUACCGAGUAUUUGCCGCAUCAAAUAUCACGUCCGGAGUGCAGAUGGAGAAUGGCCGAUCCUUCUCAAAUCGAUAGAGUGGACGUCUACAAGAAGCCCAACCCAUUUUUAUGGGAUAAGCCUCCGAGAAGAAACUGCUGCAGGAUCUUGCCGACGGCGAACAAUGGGACCAUGGCUAUUGAUGUGGGAGAAUGCAAAGAAGAUGAAAUUAUUGAAUUACAGUGACAAAAAUAGUAAAGACUUUCCCUACCCUUUUUUUUUUUCCCAGCCAUUUGUGGUUUGCUGAUUUUCUUUUUGUUUACAUUUUCAAUAUAUUAAUCACACCAAGUCUCCAUAGAAAUUCAUUUACU